GCUCCUGUUCUUCCCUCUGUCAGACCUGUGACCUGUCACAGAGCCUCCUUGCUCAGAGUCCUCAGCCAUCCUUGGCCUCUUCUACCUCUCAGCCGAAGGACCCAUUAGAAACCUCUUCCGCCUUCUCUGACCCGCCUAACUCCCUUACCUCUCCCUUGCUCAGCCUCCACCAUAUCUGGGUCCUCUUCCUCCUCCUAGUGUCCCAUUGUCCUCUGCUACCACUCUCGCUGGCUCUCCACCAACGUCCCCUGUCAGUCACCACACUCGAUCCCACAUGCGACCCUCAGACCAACCCCUUCUCUGUCCCCUGAGAGGGGUAGCCAAUCCCAAAGGGGCAUGUGUGUCCAUGUUCCCUUUUCCCUUUCUGAUCUCUCUCAGAUUGAAAAGCGUUUAGGCUCCUUUUCUAGCUACCCCACAGCCUACACCAAAGAGUUCCGCCAUCUUACACAAACAUAUGAUUUGAUCUGGCAUGACAUUUUUGUUAUUCUGUCUUCUACCCUUACCACUGAGGAAAAGGAAUGCGUCUGGGCUGCGGCUCAGGGACACGCUGACCAAGUUCACCUUACAGACAAGGAAGCUCCCCGCCAAGAGCCAGGGUGCGAACAUCAACCUACUACCCAGGCCGGGCAGAGGCCCAAAGGGAGGCGUGGGUCCACCAAAAGGCACACCUGCAAGCCCAAGCCUUGGUUGCAGCCCUGCGGCCGGUGGGGCCCGAAAAGCCAUCGACAAAGCAACCAGCCGAACUCCGCCGAGCACCUGCUUCAAGUGCGGUUACUCUCCAAAAUCGUCAUGAAUCUGCUGACGGCCAAAAAAGGAGGAACCUGCCUUUUCCUUCGUGAAGAAUGCUGCUACUAUGUCAACGAAUCGGGCCUUGUAGAACAGAACAUAGACAAACUCACUAACCUGAGUGAAGACCUAUACAACUGCCGCCGCCAGCAUGUAUCCCCCUUCGGCUGGAUACAGUCUCCUUUGGCUACCUGGCUAUUGCCACUAAUAGGACCCAUUGUCAUCAUCUGCCUAAUCUUUCUCUUUGCUAUAAUUCCUCCAGCACCGCCUACAAGAGCUGUCAUGAGUGGCAGUAAACCAACUACUUCUUCAUCUGUACUUCCCCCUACCAGUCACCCCUCCCCCUGCUAGCAGGAAGUAGUCAGAAAGAGCGGCACCCAUCAUAACCAAAAGGCCAGAAUGUAAGGCUGGUGGCUGCCCCCCUCCCUCAUUAGAUCAAAAAGAAAAAGCUCACGAGACCAGACCUUCCAAGGACAACUGCAAGGCCCCACUGAAAACAACACCACCUGGAUAUCCACUCAGAUAAGAAAGUUUUCAGUUCCUGGAUUACGCAAAUACUGCCAGCCCCUCCUAUUUCUCAAUGACCACCGAAGGUCAGAGUGGAAAAUCCCCAGCUCUUCCCACCAAAAGUCCCUAGCCCACCCCAAACAGUAUAAGGGCCCGCACCCCCUCCAAACGGAUGGGAUUUCUCGGGCCCCUCU